AUGGAAGUAGAUCAGGUACCUCAGCUCGCGAAAUGUCGCAUUCUUGCGGCAACGCUGGAGGAAAAUGCCCACGAUUGGUUCAGCCAAUUGCUUGAGGCCUCAAUCUCGACAUGGGAAACCUUUGUCGAUCUAUUCCUCACGCAUUUUCAAGCCAUGAUGACUAAUAGGCCGCCCUAUACUACUCUGGCUAACAUCAAGCAAGAACCCGGUGAGUCUUUACAGGACUAUUUUAAACGUUUUAAUGUCGAGGUAACAAAAGUUGAGAAGGCUCCCGAGUCUUCGCUUGUUUGUAUGCUAAUAACAGGUGUCUUGCCGAGAACCGAUUUUUGGAAGGAGCUACAGGCCUGGAGACCAGAAUCGCUAGUCCAGUUCUUUGCCAUGGCCGAACCGCAUAAGAGGAUUGAAAACUCUCUGGCAGAAUUGGAGAAAGGCAAAGGCAAGCGUAACUCACCAGUGUCGCGGUCACGAUCCCGUAGUCCCCGAGGGAAAAGUUCCAGAGGUCGAAGACCAAGAAGACGCAGUCCACGAAGACAGCGAAGCCUGAAACUGGCCAAGUCCCCUCCAAAGAAGGAGUCCUCGCCGAAAAGGAAAGGUGGACCGCGCUUUGUGAACUAUACUGAACUCGCAGUACCACGAGGCCGUAUCUACGCCAUCGAGGAGAAGAAUGGGGUCUUCGAGAAGCAACCCCCGAUCAGGGGAAAUCGCGACAAAAGAGACCCCAAAAAAUUCUGUAAGUACCAUAAAGAUAUUGGUCACCCCACUUUGGAGUGUUGGUUUUUACAGGAUGAAGUUGAAGAGCUGAUCCGGAGGGGAAAAUUCAACAAGUAUAAAAGGAACGAGGAAAGUCAUCGCCGAGCGGAUGACAAAGAGGAAAAUUAA